GGGUUGGGGGAAGAGUUAGCCAGCCCGAGUCGCAGUUUCACUCCCCGAUUUCUCUGCGGCGGGACCGAGACCGCCUCGGCAGGAGGCUGGCUCAUCUGCCCGCAUCACCGCCGUUCUACUACAGCCCAGCAGACUGCUCAUCACCCUUGCUAGUUGGCAGUUUCACCCCCGAAUGUAUCACAAUCCCCGCGGUGGGCACCGAAAACCCCUGGGAGCACUAAGUGGGAUGCGGUUCGGACAGUCGCGCUAAGUGACACCUCACUGGGCACAGAGCGCUCUUGCUCCUGGCCACCUUCUGAGAGGCGGUGGCGGAGGGGAUGAGCACCGGACGCGCAAAGCGACUGCCGCGAGCUAUCCCUGGGAGGUGGACGCCGAGCAAGGCUCCUCGCAGGACCGUGGGGAUCAUUACCUCCCCCAGCACGAGGUGGCGAAACCUUCCCGCUGCGCCUCCGGUCAGGAUGCUCUGGGCACCUGCCUGCUGUUGAGAUGUUCCGUUAAGCGGCUCAGCCACACGCAGCCCGGGUCUCAGGUGGGCAAUACUGAGUGGGCUUGGCUUCGGCCCCUCGUGCAGGUGGAUGAAAAGUGCCGGAGGCCUUGCAUGGGAUAAGCGUUCAAAUUUUAAGAAUCAUGGACGAAGGGACUGUGCAGUCCCGGGCCCAAGAGCAGCUGGAGGCACCUGCGGCUGUCCAAGAGAAGUGCGAGUCAGAGACCUUCAGGUCGAAGAGUUUACCAGUCCUGCACAGCGCCUCCUGCCGGCCGAAUCUCAGUGCUGGGUACGCAGAUGGCGAGCUGGCCUUGGGCUGCACGAAAGCUUUGGGUCACCAGGAGAGGCAUCGAGGACCGAACCUGAUAGUCCCUAGCCCUUCUGCCCCAUCCACUUCGGCAGGGACUGCAGCCGAAGUCAUCGACUGCAACCACAGGAUGGACCCCAGCAAAACUCUGUCGGUGUCUUCUACUCUGGCUACACUCCAGGAGAGAAGGUGUCUCUAUGUGGUCCUCACGGAUUCUCGCUGUUUCCUAGUGUGCAUGUGUUUCCUGACCUUCAUCCAGGCCUUGAUGGUCUCUGGGUACCUAAGCAGCGUCAUCACUACCAUCGAAAGGCGCUACAGCCUGAAGAGUUCCGAGUCCGGGCUGUUGGUCAGCUGCUUUGACAUAGGAAACUUGGUCGUGGUGGUAUUCGUCAGCUACUUUGGUGGCCGUGGGAGAAGGCCUCUAUGGCUGGCGGUGGGUGGACUUCUUAUCGCUGUCGGGGCUGCGCUCUUCGCCCUACCUCACUUCAUCUCGCCUCCCUACCAAAUCCAAGAGCUGAACGCUUCGGCCUCCAACGAUGGCCUUUGUCAGAAUGGCAACUCCACAGCCACCUUGGAGCCUCCUCCCUGUCCCAAGGAGUCGGGAGGAAAUAAUCACUGGGUCUAUGUGGCUUUAUUCGUUUGUGCGCAGGUUCUCAUUGGAAUGGGCUCCACACCGAUUUACACCCUGGGACCAACCUAUUUAGAUGACAACGUCAAGAAAGACAACGCAUCCUUGUACCUAGCCAUCAUGUACGUCAUGGGAGCACUUGGCCCUGCAGUAGGAUACUUACUAGGUGGGCUACUCAUUGGUUUUUACGUCGAUCCCAGAAAUCCUGUUCUCCUCGAUCAGAACGACCCUCGUUUCAUCGGAAACUGGUGGAGCGGAUUCCUCCUUUGUGCCGUUGCCAUGUUUCUUGUGAUAUUCCCAAUGUUUACUUUUCCAAAAAAGCUUCCGCCUCGACACAAGAAAAAGAAAAAGAAAAAAUUUUCUGCUGAUGUCGUUAGCGACGAUGACGUCACCAAGGAGAAAUCAAUCACGAGUGAACAAGUCAACAAAAAGGUUUCCUCAAUGGGCUUUGGAAAGAAUGUCAGAGACCUCCCAAGAGCAGCUGUCAGGAUCUUAAGCAACAUGACAUUCCUUUUUGUGAGUUUGUCAUACACAGCUGAGAGUGCCAUUGUCACCGCUUUCAUUACCUUCAUCCCCAAGUUCAUCGAGUCCCAGUUUGGUAUCCCAGCUUCCAAUGCCAGCAUCUACACUGGUGUCAUCAUUGUCCCCAGCGCUGGUGUUGGCAUCGUCCUGGGAGGCUACAUUAUAAAAAAAUUGAAGCUUGGUGCGAGAGAAUCUGCUAAACUAGCGAUGAUCUGCAGCGGGGUGUCUUUGCUGUGCUUCUCAACCCUGUUUAUUGUGGGAUGUGAAAGCAUUAACCUAGGAGGCAUCAACAUCCCGUACACGACAGGACCUUCUCUGACCAUGCCCCAUAGGAACCUGACAGGAAGCUGCAAUGUUAAUUGUGGUUGUAAAAUACACGAAUAUGAGCCAGUCUGUGGAUCAGAUGGAAUCACGUACUUCAACCCAUGCCUGGCUGGCUGUGUUAACAGUGGCAAUCUUAGCACCGGGGUUCGCAAUUAUACUGAGUGCGCCUGCGUCCAAAGCCGGCAAGUGAUCACCCCGCCCACGGUGGGCCAGCGCAGCCAGCUCCGUGUGGUCAUCGUGAAAACCUAUCUCAAUGAGAAUGGCUACGCUGUGUCUGGGAAGUGCAAACGCACCUGCAACACCCUCAUCCCCUUCUUGGUCUUCCUGUUCAUAGUUACCUUCAUCACAGCCUGUGCCCAACCUUCAGCCAUCAUAGUGACACUCAGGUCCGUGGAAGAUGAGGAAAGGCCCUUUGCGCUGGGAAUGCAGUUUGUUUUGUUGCGAACACUUGCAUACAUUCCUACUCCGAUUUACUUUGGAGCUGUGAUUGACACCACCUGUAUGCUCUGGCAGCAGGAAUGUGGAGUGCAGGGGUCUUGCUGGGAGUACAACGUGACGUCGUUCCGUUUCGUCUACUUCGGUUUGGCGGCUGGCCUCAAAUUUGUGGGCUUUAUUUUUAUUUUCCUGGCCUGGUACUCUAUCAAAUACAAAGAAGAUGAACUGCAGAGGCAGAGGUGCAGAGAAUUCCCGCUGAGGACUGUGAGUGAGCUAGUGGGCCAGCCUAACAAAGCGGAGAAAUACGCCCGGACUACAUCCUGCCCGGCCUUCAGCACCCAGGCGGAAUUUCAGGAAGAAACUGGUCUGCAAAAGGGAUUCCCAGGCACUACACAGACCUACCCUGGGCCUUUCCCAGAAGCAAUAAGUUGCUCUGCAGAUCCUGGGCUAGACGAGAGCCCCAGUUCUGCUCUGUAGCGUCCCUGCUGAAGCCCGGAAAAGGAAGACAUGUUUUGUUGGUUGAGUUGAAUAUGGCGAGUUGAGAAACACCUGUGCCUUCUUACUUCCUUUUUUAAAAACCUCUACAGACACAAUCCUCAAACCAACAAAACUCAGUCUACACAGCCUCUGUUGUUUGAGGGCUGGAUACCUCAACCAGACUGACAGCUUCCCCUCUCUUUUUCCAGGGAGGAGCUUAGAUACAUCGGUUACCACUUUCGCUGGGUUCACUUCAUGCUCACGCUCCUAUAUGGUAAAAGCCUGAGGCCCCGUGGUGAACCAUGGGCAAGGCUGUGACCACGCAUAUCAUUAGCUUACCCUCCAGAGGGAGGUGAGCUUGACCAUGACUUUGCAUCAGCAAGGCAGAGUUCUUAGGUUUGAACACCUACUGUGGGUUCUGCUCCAAAGCACAAUUUGCCUCAACUAUGCAAUCUGAUCGGAACGAUAGAAGUGUGGCGUGCCCCUUUGGCUUUCAAGAAUAAAGCAGAUGUUUUUGAUAAUUGGAAGCUGAAUGUUCCCUAAAGCGCUGUGAAAAGCAUUUUAAGCCAUAGCAGACGUAUCAAUCAGGUAGAAAAACUUCAAAUGCUUCAAAGAACUGUAUGCCACAAUGUAAUGAAUGACAACAGAAUUUCCUACGAUCUGUUUUUCUUCUUAGUCUGUUUACGCCAUCAUACGGUAGAUCAAGAGGCUGCUGAAUCAUACAUCUGAUAGCUUGACUAUUUAAACUACAGUAUUCUUUCCUAAGGGGCUUUAAAACUAGUGUGCUAAAUAGGAUGGUUAGAAACUAUAAUUUGAGAUGCUUAAUAAAGAAGGAAACGGCUUUCCUAUCUGAGGAAAUGGCUGUCAAAAUCCAGCUCUGAAGGACCCACUAAACAUUGCUAAGGAUUACUACUAUCUUGACAUUCAAAGUAGUGGAUAAAGAAAUUCCCGGGGUAAGAUUGAGUCCCUACUGGGGAUUUAUUUCAUUAUAGCCUCAACUGGCAAGUCUCUACUGUUUUUUUUUU